AUGAGGAAACUAACCGUUUUACUUCACUGUAUUUUUGCUGGCACAAUUCUGCCGUGUCCAGGCCUCGCAUUAAAGGCCGAUAUAAGGGCCGACAGUAAUCGGGAUGGUACAGUGGACGUUGAGAACAAUUCUGACCUUCCCCAUAAGAUGGAUUGGACGGAUAGAGCUGGGGCGAUCUUUUUGGCGAACAUAGGUGAUACAGAUCGCCGCUGCUCUAAACAUACUCAAGAUAUAUCGGAUGAUGCAAUCGCCGCAUGCAACGACGCCUCCGACGAUAUAAUUCGGCAAAUGCAAUACAUGGCAACUUUGAAGACCAUUGGGAUCCCAAAUGCCACCAAUGACACUUGGGGAACGGUCGGGGUCCAUGAUGAGACUGCUCGGAAAUAUGUCCGCCUCUUUCGUUGGGACAGCAAAAAGAAAUGGGUGAUUACGACAAAUGAUGACCGAUUUUCAGCCAAGGAGUUACAGGACGGCCUGGAGCUUAAAAUGGAUGCUCGGGAUACACGACGGCCUGGGUGCUGGGAUGGAAGAGCGGAGGUCGUAUUUUAUGUUCAGAAUAAUAAUAUGUCAAGCCAGGAUGCUGUUCGCCUUCGUGUUGCGCCAGUUCUGACACACCACACCCUACAGCCGGUGAAAGAAUUUCUUACUACUGCUGGAAAUAAAUCGACCCCUCAGGAGUCAUUUGUGCAGGAUUUCCAAAAGGCGAUCGAUGACAGUGGUAUUAGAAAACCUCUAUAUCAGUUUAACCCGAGCGCAGAUCCCUGGGCGCAAGACUUCCUCGAGCCUGCAUACACUACUAUGCCAGGCCCAAACAACACGUUAAUAACACUGCAAGUCAUGAUCCGCUCUUCUCAGGGCUCCCGCCCUGCGGGGAGGAUGGUUUUCACGGACCUACGAAAAACCGGACGAGGCGCUGUCUAUAGCACCGGCGGCACUAGAGAUGAGAUUGAAUCAACUGGCAAUCUUGAAACAAUCCCACCAUACAUACAUGGCAACAAGAGUUACCCAGCUGGCCGGGUGAUUGAAGGUUCUCACAAGGCUUUUGGAAAAGAAUACCCACCUCAUAUUUAUGAUUAUAUGCGAGCUCAAGAGCUUCAAGACCCUCUUAUAAUUGACGUGGACUGGUUGACCGUUGGCCAUGUUGAUGAGAUUGUACAGUUCCUACCAGCAAAUACAUCUCGUGGUUGGGCCAUUCUGGUUGCAGACCCAGAGCAAGGAGUCAAAAUAUUGCAGAAUGUGAGCGGAGAUACUCCUGCGUUUUCCCGGAAACAAAAUGCACCAAAUAUUACUAUAUCGGAGUUGCUUAAUAAUGGGACUAUAGUUGAGCAGAAUAAGAAGUAUGCGAAGAAACUAGAGAACCUAAAAAAAAUCCUACGGGAUGAAACAGGUGUCACUGAAUUCUAUGGGGUGCCUAGUGUUUUUCGUACAGGAAUCUGUCUGCCUCCAUAUGCUGGAUCACCCCCCGAACGAAACUGCAGCUUAAAUUAUGCCGGAGCUCUAUAUCCUGGAGUGAUUAAUGGUCUGGCUCUAAGCAAGUCUACAUAUUUGGCUCCGAAACCAUGGGGACCCAUUGUCAACAACACAGAUGUAUUUGAGCGGGCUACGCGUGAUAUCUAUAGCAAGAUUGGGUUUGAAAAGGUUUUAUUCAUUGACGAUUGGGACUCGCACCACCGAGACGGGGGGGAAGUACACUGCGGGACAAAUUCGAUCCGCGAGCCAGCAAAGUGGUGGGAUUAA